AUUCGGAGAUGGGAACCAACUUUUCUACUCAACCAACUCUAGCAAAAAUGGCCUCAACCGAGGACUGUGAAAAACCAUCGAAAUCCCGUAAUUCUACCUCCGAGUCUAGUUCUAAUGAUUCCGUCGAACCAGCCCGACUAUCUAACCUCCAAAAAAUCACCCAAAGAAAGGAACAAAUUAAAAAUUUAUCAAGAGAGAAGAUGGUGGAAAAAAUUGCCAUUUAUUCACAGUGCAAAAUGGAUCAAUGCAAAUGCACCGGUUGGAAAAUGAACAAAGAAAAUGAUAUUGAAGAAACAGUGGAACUUUUAAGCAAUUGUCGCUGUGGUCAUCCCUUCGAAAACCAUGUUUCUCAUCUAAAGAGUUUAGAGGAUGAAGUUUUACAAAAGUUAACAAGAAUUACGUUAGAUUUCGAACAUAUUUAUCGAUGCGUUCAUAAGGAAGAGGAUGCUGACGUUAAACAAGUUUAUUUUUAUAUGUUUAAGAUAUUUCGAAAGAGUAUUCAAAAUUUAUCUGAUCCAAAAGAUGAAGCUCAGGAGCAUUUAGGUUCAGUCCCUUUCGAAAAUCCCUCAAUACAAAAAGCAAUAAUGAAUUUUGUCUCAUUUAAAUAUGGAAAUUUGGAUCAAACUCAAUGGCAAAAUAUGUACGAUUUAUCCAAAAUGUUCUUACACUAUAUUAAUCAUUGGAAAUUAGAAACUCCUUCUGUUAAAAGGAAAAAUUCCCCCGAAGAAGAAUUUUCAACUUACAAAAUGAAUUAUACAAGAUGGCUUUGCUAUUGCCAUGUGCCUGUAAUGUGUGAUUCGCUACCAAAGCACGAAUUAUGCGAAAUAUUUGGCAAAACAUUACUCCAGACAAUAUUUACUAGUGUUUCAACCCAAUUAAUGACAAAAUUAACAUCCGAGAAGGAUAGAAUGCCUGUUGAAAAAAGAAAUAUUAUUUUCGAGCAUAUGCCAGUCUUUUUAGAGAAUCUUGAAGCGGAAGUUGUAAAUAAAAGUUCAACAAUCUGGGAUGAUGCUUACGUAGAUAGCAAUUCUAGAAGCCAUACUACUCCGAAAUCAAUUAAAUCAGAACCUGGAAUGAAUUACACAAUCUCAGAGAGUAGAUCUUCUUCAAGAAGAAUAGCUGCUCAGCAAAGUAGAAAUGUUUCUACGACAACAAAAAGGAAAUUAUAUCAUUCGGAUAGCGACGAUAGCCUUGGAAUUGCAACUAAAUUAGCUUAUAAGCCGCCCGAAGGAGAUAUAGCAAGUGAGACACUUGACGAAGUUAUAGAAGAGCUAGAGAAUGAGGGAAUUUUUGUUGGACCUGAAAAAAAUACACCGGAAGUUGGUACUCCUGUUUUACACGGAGCUCGCGACGAAGCAGCUAGAAUAGAGGAAAGAAAGGGCAUUAUUGAAUUGCAUGUCAUUUCUAAUAGUCUCAAGAGAGACGUUGAUAAAAAAUGUUUAUUAUGGUUAAUUGGUCUUCAAAACGUGUUUUCCCAUCAAUUGCCUAGAAUGCCGAAAGAAUAUAUUACACGAUUAGUGUUCGAUCCUAAACAUACCUGUUUAGCAUUAAUAAAAGAUACAAGAGUAAUUGGUGGAAUUUGUUUUCGAAUGUUUCCAACUCAGGGAUUUACCGAAAUUGUAUUCUGUGCUGUUACGGCCAAUGAGCAGGUUAAAGGAUACGGUACUCAUAUAAUGAAUCAUUUAAAAGACUAUCAUGUCAAGAAUAAAGUUUUCCAUUUUCUCACGUACGCCGACGAAUUCGCCACUGGUUAUUUUCAGAAGCAAGGCUUUACAAAAAAUAUAUCAUUACCUAAAAAUAGAUAUGUGGGUUUCAUUAAAGAGUAUGAAGGUGCAACUCUGAUGUGCUGUCAACUAAAUCCAAAUAUCAUAUAUACGUCCAUUAGUCAAAUAAUCAAAAAGCAAAAACAAAUUGUUAGAAAAUUAAAAGAAAAAAAACAGAAGAUAAUAGAAAAACAAUAUCCAGGAUUAACUUGCUUUAAAGAUGGAGUUAAGCAAAUUCCCAUAGAAUCCAUUCCUGGAAUUAUAGAAGCCGAAUGGAGAGCAGAUUCAGAAAUAAGCAACGAUACAUCUAUGACCACCGAACAGAUGCACAGCUCUAUGAAGACAAUUAUUAACUACCUUAAAGCUCAUCCUAGUGCUUGGCCUUUUCUAAAACCGGUCGAUAAGGACGAGGUUCCCGAUUAUUACGAUCAUAUUAAAUUUCCAAUGGACCUACGAACAGUAUCAGAACGAUUAAAAGCUGGCUAUUAUUGUCAUAAAAGACUAUUUAUCGCCGAUAUUAACCGUAUAUUUACAAAUUGUCGAGCAUAUAAUGACUCAACAACAGAAUACUAUCGGUGUGCUGAUCGUUUGAAUACUUUCUUCAAUAACAAACUCAAAGAUCUCAACCUAUCUGAUUAA